ACUAAAUGUCUGGAGCAACAGCCGCUGGAUUGAAACACAGACUAAGCAAGACGACCUCAGAAGGACACGAAACUUUGAAAGGGAGCAGCUUUCCUCUCGAGUUUGGGGCACAAGAACAAAGAGGCUCUCAUUAUUUUGAGGAGCCAUGAGCUCUCAGGCGACCCUCGGCAGCAGCCUGCUGUUCCAGACCAUAAAUGAUGACCUGAAUGCAUCGCUGGCUACAGCUGAUGAGUUAUCCAGAGAGUUUAAUUCCCUGCUGAAGGAGGCUUCGUCCAACGAUGACAACACAACGUCUGGAUUUCAAACCAGCUCUACAUUCUCCAAAGAGCGGCCACAGUCCAGCAUUUCUUCCUACACAAGAGAGUCAAGUGGCAGUAACGGCAGCUCCAGCUCUUACCCUUACUCCCCCAUCUCAACAACUUUCAAUCCCACAGACUCUGUCUUCUCCAGCAAUAAAAGCGUACCAUCCACUUCUGUCUUCCCCUCCAGCCCGCAAUCAUCCCCCAGGCUCAAAAGACGCUCUCCACUUCCUCGUGCUGGACCUGAAAGCUACUCGUACAGCCAGCCAAGUCCCAAACAUUCCCCUCAACUCCGGAGGCACAAUUCCCCUAGCCGUUAUGACAGAAGCCCAAGAGGCUCUAUAACUUACAUUGAGAGAUGUCCAUCUCCGAGCCCCACAGCCGCACCUUUUGAUAUCUCAUCUCCCUCACCCUCGUUUCCUGCCUCCCCACACCUUCUGAGCCCUUAUGACAGCAGCUCUUUGGGCCGCAGGUCCCCACGGCCAGACAGAAGCCCCUCUCCUUUGUCUGUCAAUCCAAUAUCCAGCACGCUGCCUCGAAACGUUGGCGGUUUUAGGACACCUGAUGAGGGUGUGCAGCGGCAAAAGAGCCCAAGCAAGUGGAAUGAGACAGAUCUGGACGUGUCCUAUGACAGGAAACCUCACCACACCUAUGACAAGACAGAGUGGAUACGACAGACCGUGCCAAACAGCAGCUGGAAAGAGUCCAACCUUGAUGGCCCUCCUCCGUCCCCGAGCCCUAAAAAGGAUCCUCGCUCUAAACCUCUCCAGUAUGCUCAUGCUUCUCUCCCUCAUAACACACGGAUAUCAGUGCCUCCAGAUGUUUCAUCCCCAGUCCACUCCCCUUACCACCCUCAGCCCAUCAUUUCCCGUAUUUCUAUUCCCCCGACUUCUCCCGAGUCCCAUCAGCACAAGCCUAUCCCCCUCUCUGUUAUCAUGCGUCUGCAAAACCCACGCUGGGGAGCAAUGUUAACCCACCACCCCAGGGUCCUGGGAGGAGAGGGCAAUAUGAGUCCUUACAAACCUAUCGUACCCAUCCCAAGGGAAUUCUUUCACCAGCCUGCUGUCCUGCCGCAGCAACACCCUCCUGAGCUGAGGCAGCCGAUGAUAUACAGUGACGUGCUGAAUCCAGGAGAUAUCGAUGCAGAGAUAGAGCGCCUGGACCUUGUUCAUCACAUCCCUGUUAUUUCUGAGAGUCCCAGCAUGCCAGAGGGUGGCACAGAGGUCAGUCCUACUGCUGUACCUGCUGCUCCUCCUCGGCCCCUCAGCCCCACCAGGCUGCAACCAGUGGUGGCCCCCGAGGCCCAGAACCAGGUGGUUGCUGAUGUAGAAGAGCUGCUCCGAAUCCGGGCAGAAAUCCCCCGACCCCUGAAGAGACGAGGCUCCAUAGACCAGUCAGGGCCUCUAAAGGCGGCCUCUCACUAUCAGCCAAACCAGUACAAGAAUCUCAUCGACAAGCUUUUUCGCAGGAAGGAACACCGGCAGAGGGGGGAGCAGGGCAGCGAGACCAGCAGCUCCUCAGACGGGGAAGAAACCGCUGCAAUGCCUCCUGCACCUUUUCCUACAUCUCACACUUCACGGAUUCCCCAAGAACUCAAGAGCUACCAUUCCAUUCUGCGGCGGUCCAGCCGAGAGCGCAAGAGUUCUGGAAAAAGAGCUCGGCUCAGCCCCCUUGUUCUGGCACUGGAUGGAGCGUUGGUUGGAGAACUGGAGACGGUGCAGAGGGCCGUGCAGGAGAUGAGUGACCCCAGCCAACCCAAUGAUGAGGGCAUCACUGCCCUCCAUAAUGCAAUCUGCGGAGGCCAUUACAAUGUGGUGGAUUUCCUGGUUCGUGCCGGAGCCAAUGUCAGCACCCCAGACAGCCACGGCUGGACUCCUCUGCAUUGUGCAGCCUCCUGUAACGAUCGCCCUCUGUGUGAGUUUUUGGUGAGAAAUGGCGCUGCUGUCAUGGCCAGAACAGAGAACGAUAGUGCUGCUGCCUCCCAGAAGUGUGAUCCUUAUGCUGUCGGAUAUGAGGAGUGUGAAAGCUUCCUGAGGGGUGUGGAGGAGGCCAUGGGGAUGGAGAAUAGUGGGGUGCUGUAUGCUCUGUGGAGCUACCCAGCACAGGCCGUCGAUGAACUGAGCUUCAAAGAUGGAGACAUGGUCACCAUCCUGCAGAAACCUGAAGGAUCAGAGUGGUGGUGGGCCUCUCUCUGUGGCAGGGAAGGAUUUGUCCCAAACAAUUACUUUGGGCUUUUCCCAAAGACUCGUCCAAAAUCCCUCUGCUAAGUGGGCCUUUGAUGCCGUGGAGAGGGCCGUCUUGAGAGCAGUGCUUACAGCUUCAUACUGUUUUGAAGAGCUGUGUCUGUGUGACUAAGAAAGGCUGUUUGCAGUAGGACAUGAGACAUGUUUUUGAUAUGUCUGUCAAGGAGAGCUGAAGGAGAAGUCUCAGUAUUCAUUUUGACCUUGAUGACAUGAAAAAUCUUUUUAGUAAACAGCGUUUGUGCUGGUUCUACUGUAGGAUAUCAUGGUAAUUCAGUUAUCUGUCUGUCCAGCUUUGUCUGCCAAACUAAAUGUUAUAAAAGGUCAAAUUUCAGCUGCGUUUAGUUAGAAUUCAAAAUUUCUGACUCAUUUGCUGGUUAGUAAUCAUCGUGAUGAAAGUGUAUGUUCUUGUUUAUCCACCAAUCAGUGAGGUCAAUGUAGCUCUGUGCUGUAAAUAAUCUUAGACGGAUAGAGAAGGGCCGCUUCAUUAGAUACUCAUCAUCUGACAUGGAACAGUUAGAGUUCUCUUUCUUGCACAUAAGAAAUAUGCUCACCAAUCACUUUAUUAGGCACACCUGCUCAACUGCUUGUUAAUAACGAAAUAUCUAAUGAGCCAAUCACAUGGCAGCAGCCAUGCAUACAGGCAGGUAGACAUGGUCAGGACAAUCCGCUGAAGUUCAAACUAGCAUCAGAAUGAAGAGGAAAGGUGAUUUAAGCAACGUUAAUUGUGCAAUGGCUUUUGGUGCCAUUUGAUAUUUCACAGACUGCUGAUCUGCUGAGAACUUCAUCUGUCGGCUUCUCCAAGAAUAGUCCCAAAAAACAAGAUAAAAUAUCCAGGGAGCAGCAGUUUUCUGGGACUUAAUGCUUUGUUGAUGGCAGAGGUCAGAUCAAGAAAAUGGUCAGACUAGUUUGAGCAAACAGAAAGGCAACGGUAACUCAAAUGACCCCUGAGCAUCUCUGAUUGUACUAACCUUAAAGCAGAUCAGCUAUAGCAGCAGAAGACCAUACACAGUGCCACUCCUGUCAGCUUAGAACAGGAAACUGAAGGUAUGCUUAAUGUGGGUUUGGUAAGUCUUGAUCGUUGCUGUGGUAAAACAUACAGGGGUGGAAAGUAGUCAGUUAUUAUAUUUACCCAGUUUACUGUGAUUGAGUAGUUUUUUGGGUACUUGUAUUUUUUAGUACAUUUUAAAAUAAUUAUUUUUUACUUCUGCUGAAGUAAGUUUUAACCAGAGUAACUGUACUUUUAUUUGAGUGCAAUAGUCUUGUACUUUUUCCACCUCUAUCUACUUGCUUUUUCACACACAAUCAUCUCUAGGGUUUACAGCGAAUAUUGAGAAAAAGAGAAAAUCUAUCCAUUGAGUGGCAGUAACCCUUGUUGGUAGCAGAGGUCAGAAGAAGCUGAUUGUAAGGCUGCAAAAGCUCAAAUAACUACUCGUUAAAUCCAAGGAGCGUAUCUGAACCCUCUUGUUAAAUCUUGAAGCCAGUGGGCUGCGGCAGUAGGAGACUGAACCAGCAGCCACUUCAGCUUAGAACAGAAAACUGUGGCUAAAAUUCACAUAGAAAAAAAUAUCACCUGGUCUAACUAAACUCUAUUUCUGCUGCCACAUUCAAAAUAGCGUGAAAGCCUGCCAUUUAACCAACAACCACAGCAUGUUCAGAGUCCCUCAAAUCACCUUUUUUCCCUGUCCUGCUGCUCGGUUUGAACUUGAGCAGAUCAUCUUGACUGAUGUCUAUAUGCCUAAAUCUAUUUUGAUUGCUGCCAUGUGAUUGGCUAAUCAGGUAUUUUCAUUAAUAAGCUGCUGAGCAGGUAUAUCUAAUGAGGCAACUGAUUAGUGUUAUAAACUGUUUAUUUAGCAAAAGGUUAACAUGUUGAUAGCAUUAUUUUUUAUUCUCUGUCUUUACUAUUGUUUAUAACAACUUUUUCUUGCCAAGCAAAUGGAUUCUCUCUCUAACAACAUUUUUUGGCUCAUUAUUCAUUUUAAAGAUUUGUGCUUUUUAAAGAAUGUACCUGUAGAUAUCACUUUUGUUUAAGCGGCUUCGGAAGAAGCCUAAAAAUAGCCGGGCUCUAAUUUUACUAAUCAUGUGGGUUCUUUAUUCUGCCUAUCUGGAUUCAUAUCCUUCAGAGGAAAACAUUUAUAAGAAAAGAAACUGGUCGUUUGUGAUUGUGUAUAUAUUCACAGUGAUAUAAACAUGUUUUUGUGUUUUAUCUUUUAAGUGUAACACCUUUGUUUCGAGCAUAGCUGUGCACUUACACCUUAACUCCUUCUCCACAGAGAUCAAAUGUUUAGAUACUUAAUAAAUUCAUGAGUCGAAUUC